CAUCUUGACACCUCCAGUGCUUCAAAAUGGCGGCCAUCGCUUCGGAUAUCCGCAAAACCUUCCCCCAGACCGACGAGGUUGUCGUCGACUACAUCUCGGGCCUCGUCGAUGAUGAGGACGAGGAGGUCGACGACAUUGUCGAGAUGACCCGGGGCAUGCUUCAGGGUGGUCCCUCGAGCAGCAACAACAAGGCGCUCAACGACUUCAUGGACCGCCUCAUCAAGUACCUCGAGUCGCAGUCGUCCAAGCGUGUUCGCCGCGCGACCACGGCCACUCGUCUCGACAAGACGGUCGACAUGCGCUCGCAGAAGAUGUCGGCGACCAUCGCCAUGAGCGGCACUGUCGACCUCGACAGUGUCAACAAGGGCCAGGCCUCGCGUGUCGACAUGGCCAAGCUCGCAAAGGCCGAGGCCAAGCUCAAGGCCAAGAUCGAGAAGCGCUCCCGCCGCACGCUCUACGAGGGCUCCAAGCUCAUCGAGAUGCAGAAGAAGCAGGAGAGCUACGAGGAGAUGUUCAUGAAGGUCAACCCCCUCGACCUCUCGGGCGCCGCCAAGGGCAAGUCCAAGGACAUUCACCUUCCCAACAUCGACGUCUCGUUCGCUUCCAACCGUAUCCUCUCGGGUGCGACGCUUACGAUGGCCCACGGUCGUCGCUACGGUCUCAUUGGUCGUAACGGUGUGGGUAAAUCGACCCUCCUUCGUCACCUUGCCCUUCGUGAGGUUCCCAUCCCGACCCAUAUCUCGAUUCUCUACGUCGAGCAGGAGAUUGUCGGUGACGACACGACCGCCAUCCAGUCGGUUCUCAAGGCCGACGUCUGGCGUCACAAGCUCAUCAGCGAGGAGGCCGAGCUCAACGCCAAGCUCGAGGUCAUGGAGAAGGAGGGAUUGCCCGAGGACGCCCCCGAGGCGACCAAGUCGGCGUUCAACCAGGAGCGCGACGACCUGACCCACCGUCUCGGCGAGGUCCAGAAGUCCCUGCUCGAGAUGGAGGCCGAGACUGGCCCUGCCCGUGCUGCGCUACUUCUCGCCGGUCUCGGUUUCGACGAGGCCGAUCAGGCGAAGCCUACCAGGGCAUUCUCUGGUGGUUGGCGUAUGCGUCUCGCCCUCGCCCGUGCACUCUUCGUCAAGCCCGACCUUCUCAUGCUCGACGAGCCGUCCAACAUGUUGGACCUCAACGCCAUUGCCUGGUUGGAAGACUACCUGCAGACUUGGCCUGGUACCAUCCUCGUCGUCUCGCACGACCGAGCAUUCCUCGACGCCGUCGCGACCGACAUUGUGCACCAGCACUCGCAGCGCCUCGACUACUACAAGGGCAACUUCUCCCAGUUCCACGCUACGCGCGAGGACCGUCGUCUGCAGCAGAAGAAGGAGUACGAGGCGCAGCUCGCGUACCGGCAGCACCUGCAGGCCUACAUCGACAGGUGGAGGUACAACGCCAACCGUGCGCCCCAGGCCCAGUCGCGUAUCAAGAUUCUCGAGAAGCUCCCAGAGCUCGAGCCCCCCGAGGACGACGACGAGGUCGAGAAGUUCCGCUUCCCCGAGCCCGAGAAGAUCUCGCCACCGCUCCUCCAGCUCGACGAGGUCACGUUCGGCUACGUGCCCGAGAAGACCAUCCUCAAGGGCAUCAACAUCAACGUCGACCUCGGCUCCCGUAUGGCUGUUAUCGGUCCCAACGGUGCAGGCAAGUCGACCCUCAUCAAGCUCCUUACUGGUGCUAUCCAGCCCACCAAGGGUACCUCCACCCGCAACUCACGUUGUCGUAUCGCCUACUUCACCCAGCACCACAUGGACCAGCUCGACGGUGACAUGACGUCCGUCCAGUUCCUGCAGCACAGGUUCCCUGGUCAGACUGAGCAGGAGUACCGCUCGCACUUGGGCAGCUUCGGAAUCACUGGUCUCACUGGUCUCCAGAAGAUCGGCACGCUCUCUGGUGGUCAGAAGUCGCGUGUCGCCUUCAGUGUUCUCGCUUUCCUCCGUCCCCACAUUCUCCUCCUCGAUGAGCCUACCAACCAUCUUGACCAGGAGGGUCUCGACGGUCUUGCCGAAGCAGUCAAGGCGUUCAAGGGUGGUGUCAUUUUGAUUUCGCACGACGAGCGCUUCAUCAACGCCACGGCCGACACCCUGUGGGUGUGUGCCGAGGGCACCGUCUCCAAGUUCAUGGGCGAUGUUGCAGCCUACAAGAGCUUGAUUGUCAACCAGCUCCAGGCCAAGCUCAAGCCAUGAGCACAGGGGUGAUCAGGUGGAAUCUGGAUGCAGGAG